UCAUCUUUUAUAUUUAUUUCUUUUGUGAAAAGAGAGAAAAUAUUAGAGAAAAAUGGAGAUACAAAAUUCUAAUCAUGAGCAUCCCUUGGUGUUGAAGGGAGUAGACGUGUCCAGAAAAGGUAACUACUGCAAAGCCAAUGAAUGCUGUCGAGAGAUCGACAUACACUCAGCUUACUAUGUCUGUGAAAAGUGCAACUAUUACCUUCAUUAUUUAUGUGCUGAACCUUCCUUCCAACAGUUCAACUAUCUUUUCCACCGCCACCCUCUUACUCUGCAGCUUGGUAGGUACUACCGCCCUAUUUCUUGUAGAUUGUGUCGCGUUCCUUAUGAAAGGAAGGACUGCUAUUCAUGUAAAACUUGCAAUGUCAACUUACACAUUGAGUGUGCUCUAAAAACCCCAACCAUAACAUUGGAAAGCAAACAAAACGUUGACGGUGGACAACAUCUUUGUCAUAACAAGGAGAUGGAACUUGUUGAGAUCAAGCAUGGUAAAGGUGAAGCUGAUAAGUAUAGUUGCAGAAUAUGUGAGUUACCGUUAUUGAGUAGCAGUUGUAUUACUACUCAUCAAGCUUAUAGUUGCAGAAUAUGUAAGAAUUUCUUUCACAGAUAUUGUAUUGAGUCAUCGCCUGAGAUAACACACCCUUUCCAUCCAAGCCACUCCCUAAAAUUUACUUUUUUUAUACAUAAAAAUACUGGUGGUGGAAAAUGUAGAUCAUGUUGCAAAACAUAUCCCAACCGCUUCUUCUUUUAUUGUGGUCCCUGCAAAAUUUACAUAUGUGCAGGUUGCAUAUUUUCGAAAGAACCACCGUCUUUUAAGUAUCAAGGUCAUGACCAUCUCCUUCAUCUUAUUGAGAAAAUUCCUGAUGUUACCGACGACGUUGAUUGUGCUGCAUCUCGUGCUUAUUGCAAGCAAAUGGUUGCUGUUAAUGAACUUACUAAUCUUCAACAAUACGUAUUUCGUUGCAUAGAUUGUAAAUUCGACCUUCAUUUUCUUUGUGGUCCAUUGCCAUGUUCCAUUAGUCAUCGUUUUCAUAUUCAUCCUCUUGUACUUUUUGAUCGGAUUGUUGAAGAUGAUUCAGGUGAAUACUACUGCGAUGUUUGUGAAAACCAAAGAGAUCCACGAUUUGUGUUUACUAUUGUGCAAAGUGCAAGUAUGUUGCUCAUGUCCACUGCGUAAUCUCGGAGGUUGUACGAGUACUAAAAGAAGAUCCUAGAGAUGUCAAUAAGCUUCGUAUUUUGGGACAAAGGAAAUUAGUUAUAUCACCGGAGCAUAAUGAUAUUGUAGUGGAAGAGGAUGAUGAUCAGAUCAUUGAGGAUCACGAAC